GGCCGGGCCGGGCCAGGCCAGGGCCCCGGCAGGGAAGGGCCGCGGCCCUGGGCUCUGAUGAGGCUGCUGAGCUCCGCCCUGGCCCUGUGCUGCAGCCCAAGACAUUUCCAGCCAGGGCCGUGCCCUGGGCCACAGGAGGCACCGGGGCUACAAGUGAGGCCGCGCCUUCUGGCUCUCAAGGGGGCUGGCUCUGUUCCCUGGGAGGAUGCAGAGCCUUGUGCCUCGGCCUGAUGGGGCCAAAAUCCCCCCAACAUCCCUCUGUUUGCAAAAAUAAAGGCUUUGCGCUCAUUCAUAGGAAAAGCUGUAGGGGUGGCCUGCAGCUAAUGUUCUUUUGUUGGCUGGACCCCAGUCAAUGUCAGCAGGCAAAAGAAAGGUGUUGCUGAGGAAUGACCUUGGAUCAAGCAAAACAUUUACAGUUCAGGGCAGUCCAUUUGUGCAGAUGGGGGGACGCUCUGGGGGUACAGCUCAGGCCAUGAGCUCACAGCAGGCUCUGGGGUCACAGCAGGCUGAGGUCACAGCAGGCUCUGAGGUCACAGAGGUGCCAGAGCCCCGUGGUUGCACAGCACCACAAGGAGCCAGCAGUCAGUCCUUGAGCACAACUGUUGCGGCAGCAGCGGCGGUGGCAGCAGUGGUGCUGACAUUGGGACAGCGGUGUCAGGACAGUGGUGGCAGCAAGAGCUGGGGACUGGCAGAGGGCAAGGCACCAUGGCCCUUGCUCUGCGCCUCUUCCUCCCGCUCCUCCUGGCCGUGGCCCUGCCUGCCAGGGCUGCCCAGGCUGCUCCGCUGCAAGCGCGGGGAGCAGCUUGGGAUGGUGACAUGGCUUAUCCGGAUGCCCAAUUGGAUGACAGCUUGGAGAAUUCUGUUGGCGAGAAUCUCUUGGAGAAUGCUGGAGGUCCUUCUCCAUGGAAGAACUCAGACACUGGAGACAAGAAAUCCCUGGAGGCAGCCAGACACCUGGACCAGAUGCUGAGUGAUCUGGAGAGACGCCGUGAGAUGAAGCGAAAGGCUGUGCUGAAGGCAGCAUUUCCUGGAGGAAGCAGUGGCCCAUUGGCAGCCCCUGCUGCAGGAAGUGAGGCGAUGCCAGGCACAGUCACAGGAGCUUGGGAUGGCGACAUGGCUUCUCCAGAUGCACUAUUGGAUGACAGCUUGGAGAAUUCUCUUGGAGAGAAUCUCUUGGAGAAUGCUGGAGGUCCUUCUCCAUGGAAGAACUCAGACACAGGAGACAAGAAAUCCCUGGAGGCAGCCAGACACCUGGACCAGAUGCUGAGCGAUCUGGAGAGACGCCGUGAGAUGAAGCGAAAGGCUGUGCUGAAGGCAGCAUUUCCUGGAGGAAGCAGUGGCCCAUUGGCAGCCCCUGCUGCAGGAAGUGAGGCGAUGCCAGGCACAGUCACAGGAGCUUGGGAUGGCGACAUGGCUUCUCCAGAUGCACUAUUGGAUGACAGCUUGGAGAAUUCUCUUGGAGAGAAUCUCUUGGAGAAUGCUGGAGGUCCUUCUCCAUGGAAGAACUCAGACACAGGAGACAAGAAAUCCCUGGAGGCAGCCAGACACCUGGACCAGAUGCUGAGCGAUCUGGAGAGACGCCGUGAGAUGAAGCGAAAGGCUGUGCUGAAGGCAGCAUUUCCUGGAGGAAGCAGUGGCCCAUUGGCAGCCCCUGCUGCAGGAAGUGAGGCGAUGCCAGGCACAGUCACAGGAGCUUGGGAUGGCGACAUGGCUUCUCCAGAUGCACUAUUGGAUGACAGCUUGGAGAAUUCUCUUGGAGAGAAUCUCUUGGAGAAUGCUGGAGGUCCUUCUCCAUGGAAGAACUCAGACACAGGAGACAAGAAAUCUCUGGAGGCAGCCAGACAUCUGGACCAGAUGCUGAGUGAUCUGGAGAGACGCCGUGAGAUGAAGCGAAAGGCUGUGCUGAAGGCAGCAUUUCCUGGAGGAAGCAGUGGCCCAUUGGCAGCCCCUGCUGCAGGAAGUGAGGCGAUGCCAGGCACAGUCACAGGAGAUGAGCAUGCUAGCAAGGCUUCUCCAGCAGCUGGGAUGGAAGAUGGUUUGGAACCCUUGGGAGAUUCUGCAGGUGUGUCUGCAGGGAGGACUUUUCAGGCUCCUUUCCUGGUUGCUGCGCACAAGCCCGGCUCCCAUCGCAGGGGUCCGCCGAGAGGGAGGAACAGAUCUACUAAACACAUGAAGUCCCUGGAGGCAUCGAAACACAUGGACCAGAUGCUGAGUGAUCUGGAGAGACGCCGUGAGAUGGACCAAAGGGCUUUGCUGAAGGCAGCACUUCCUGAAGGAAGCCGUGGCUCCGUGCCAGCCCCCGAUACACGAAGGGAGGAGAUGCCAGACAGUGCCACAGAAGACGUUAUCACUGAAACAGGAAUAUUUGCCCCGGAUCCAGUGCGCCUCCCAAGAAUUGUCUGCCCCCAGGAUGUGCGCAGGUCCUGCAUGAUAGGCACGGUGGUGACACUGUUCACCGUGCCCCUCGUGCUGAUCGGCUGCUAUCUUGGCAUUCGGAAGCUGUACCAGAGCAGACGGUCAGUUGUUGAUUUUUCUCCACAGCUUUCUUGUAACUCUGCUCAUAGCAUUGGUAGCCUGACUCGUAGUCAUGCUGCACUGGAGCUGUGGCCAGUCCGUGGUUGUCCAAAGAACUCUGCUGAGGGCUCUGCUGCUGCCCAGUGCUUUCAUUGGCCUCUUCAUUGCUGGGCCUUGUCCUGGGGGGCCGCUGGGGCUGCAGCCAGUGCUGGCUCCCACUGAGGCUGCCAGGCCAAGAGCAGCCCCGGGGGCACAGGGCAGAGGCAGGGCAAGUUCUCAACAGUAUUUGGGCCACACAGCUCAGGACAGGACAGUGCUUAUUUAGUAGCUCAUGUAAAGUUUCAUGGUGACACUGAUGUUACCAGACAAGCAAAUUUGCUCCAGUUCAGUGUUCAAACAAAUCCAACCUGAUGAAGGUUUGGCUUUGGCCUUGAGGCUUUGCUCUUUGUGUGAGCCCUGUUCUGGAUUGAUUCCCACUCAGUCUUGGAGCCUGUUUUGGGUGAAGGCUCAUCCCGGCCCUGACCCUUGGCAGUUCUGGGCUCAAAGGCACCGCCGAGGCCGCACUGCACGUGACUGGGCUUCAGGGCUCCAUUAGCAAAGGGCUUUGAGAAGUUUAAAUUACUGUAUUCUUACUCUUUGGUUUUCUUUAUGGAAUUCCUUCCCUUUUUUUUAAACUUAAUUUUAAAAAAACAAAUUCUU